GUAAUGGUACGUGUACGAAGAAGUUGUGCGGUAUGUUUGUGGUGAUUUUGUGAAUUUUUUCAGAUUAUUCCUUCAAAAUGGUGAAAACAAGGGGGCAGAGAGAGCUGGGAGUUACAACACCAAGUCCUAGAUCGUUGGAAAUCGCGAAAACCCGCAAGAGAAUAGACCAAAAGAGAAAUGACAGCACACGGCUUACCCAGCAGUCAAGGAGUGGGACUGAGGUGAAAUCUGAACGACAAAUUGUGAGGAGCAAGACAUCUAAGAAAAGGCUUUCAACUCGGCUGGCCUCAAAGCAAGUCGACAGGGAAAAAGAAGAAGAUGAGGAAGAGGAUGAUGAUGUUGGUUGUCAUAGUAACCUUAACUCUGGUGAGGAUGAUGCGAUCCAUCAAAAGUCAGGUUCAACAAGCAGUGAUGGGGAACAAGCAAAAGGAGAACGGGAAGUUGAAGACUCGGAUGAGGAUGACCUGAUAGAAGAACGGGAGGAUACGACAAUGGAAGAUUCAGAAAAGAACAAGGAAACAGAAAAGGAUGAGGGAGAAGAGGGUGAUGAUAGCGAAAGUGAGAGCGAUGCAAUGGACAGUGAUGAUGCAAGCUCACCCAAGCCACAUGCAGAUAAUAGAUUGAUAACCUCCCAAAGCAAGGAGUCAAAUACAGAGGUUGAUGAUGAUGGUGAUGACGAUGAUGAUGAUGACGAUGGUGAUGAUGACAAUGACGAUGGUGAUGAUGACAAUGACGAUGAUGAUGAUGACGCACCCCAAGAUGUAUCUUUUUCAACCAGCAGACAAGAAGCAUUGGACUCCAUCUCACAAGCUCUACAACAAACAAAAAAGUUGGAGGAAAGAGCCAAGGAAAAAAGAAGGAAUCGGGAUAAAUUCUUGAAGCUACAGAAAGAGCGGAAGAAGAUAUCUCUGGGACACUCAAGAUUACCUGAAGACUUUUUAUCGGAAGUUGCAAGAAUACCAGACAGCCAACCCCCUCUGCCCUCGGUUACCACUCAGGCCCAACAAAAUCCCAAAAGGGAUUCGCAUCACAAGGUCUUUGAUUCGGAUGGCGAAAUGGACUUUGACGAGGGCGACGACUUCCUUCCUCUAUCUGCCGAUGAGCCGAAGAUGGUCGAAGGUUUCGAGGUCCAUGCAAUAUCCAGACAGAAGAGGGCGCCCCCACCUAAAUCGGACAUGGCCUUGGAGUUCUUGCAGCAGCAGAUGUACGGGGGUCAAAUUAAACGAGAAUCAGCACUGAAGCAUAAAGCAAGGUUAUUAAAACGCCAGGGUAAACCAAGCCAUGCUUUUCACAACCCAAAAGAAAAGAGGAGAAAAAAUAGGAACAAGAGAAGCAUCAGAGCAGGUGAAACAAGCCAGUGAACUUUUAGUAAACUUGGAACAUUUGAGGAUACCAUAAGUGUAAACUGAAGAGGCGAUACUGAAUGAAUAAAACUGAAAAUGAAUGAAUAAUCCUUUUCAUCGUCAGCAUGGAUCAUUUGAUUUGAUUGAGCCGAUUGUUCAUUUCCAUGAGUGACUUGAUGCCCUUCUAAGUUUCGUUUGACAUUGGAUCAUGGAGAAGUUGAAGAGAAAGGACGAUUGGUUAAUGGGUUAAUGCAUGAUCAGUUGACAUGUCCAAUUCAAGGAAUAAUAUGAAGUAGCCAACCAGUUCCUUUUGUAAGCCGCUUAAGGCUUGGUGGGUGUUUCAUAAAGCUGUUCGUAAGAUAGGAAUGACUUUACGCACGACUGGUGAUCCUUUCUUG